UCUUCUCUGAGGUAAUUUCAGUGCAAAACACAUACGAGAAGAGCCAAAUGUUAACAGCAAGUGCAAAGAUGUGUAGCAGAUUGGUUCUGUUGUUUGUUGUGUGUGUUUUUGUGCAAACAGCAUUUGCUAGGAAGCUUCUGCAAUUUCCAUCUGGAAGCAUCCCCGGCUUUGACGGAAUUGACCAAAUUAUCGGAAAUGUUGCCGGCGGCGGCGGUGGAGGAGGAGGUUCAGAUGGUGGAUGGGGAAUAGGAGGUGGAGCUGGCUAUUUUACUGGAUCAGGCAGUGGUGGCGGUGGCGGUGGCGGUGGCGGAGGAGGAGGUGAGAAUGGUGGAUUUGGUGGGGGAGUAGGAGGUGGUUGGGGUGGAUCAGGUAGCAUUGGAGGUGGUGGCGGUGGCGGCGGCGGUGGCGGAGGAGGAGGUGAGAAUGGUGGAUUUGGUGGGGGAGUAGGAGGUGGUUGGGGUGGAUCAGGUAGCAAUGGAGGUGGUGGUGGUGGUGGCGGCGGUGGUGGAGGAGGCGACGGUGAAAACGGCGGGGGUGGUUUUGGUGGCGGAGCUGGUGAAGGCCAUGGAGAUGGAGAUGUGGCAUUUGAUCCUAUUAUUGAAGAUUGA